AUGAGCUUAGGCCUGCAGCCGCGAAGGCGAGGCCACAGCCUGUUUUUUACGCCCGUCUCAGACUCAACAUCAUCUGAAACGGCGACUCCAUCGUCUACAAUCUCGAGAAGAAAGUCGCGAGCGAGUGGGAGCAGCUCGCAGUUGUCCUCCAGUCUCCACACGGCACAGAACAGCGCUGUAAAUGGCUCCAGAAAUGUGUAUCGCUCAUCUUCGUCGCCAUUAAUCUACCAGGAUCCUCGCGCGGUGUAUCCACCGAGCUCGUAUCCGCUGGGUGGUCCAGAGGGCCAUAGAAGCUUGCGUCCCUCACAUUCUCAGUCUCAUCUCCAACGCUCGCGAUCUAACUCGCAGCAGCAGCAGUUUUAUAUACGACCACAGCUUGUUUACAGCCGUGACAGCGGUUCAGACGAGCUCGACGACGACGACAGUCGGCCGUUGCUCGUGACGAGGAGCACUCACUCUCCAGCACGCAUCUCCCAUUCGCUCGUAGCGCCUCUAUCCUCCAUUAGAACGGACACGAUGGUCUCUAGAAAGUCUGCUGUUGAGCCGGCAGAGAAUCAUUUGCGUGCAUCUUUGCAUCAUUCACGGUCAAAAACACACAGUAACAAUGCCAAACCGCCGUCGGUCAAUGGCCACAAAUCUUUGCCGCUAGAAAAGCAUGCCAUUGUCGUCGGAAUCAGCGGUAGUUCGAUCAACUGGAGCGUAAAUUUUGAGCAACUCACGCCGUUGAUGUUCCAAUGUCUCCGCACGCUUGCUGUGAUCCCUGCAGGCGUCGAGACGCUGCACCUUCUCGCGCAUGGAAAUACUAGGCUAGAUUACAUGGCAGCCGCUGCUUGGUCCCUCCUUACCGCCUAUCAGGUGCUUGCAUUUACCACAGGUCUGCUAAAUAGGUGGCGCCAUUACUAUCCAAUCGCUUCCACCCUUAUCCGUCUCCUCGCCCUCCAAGCGAUAUGUUGGCCCGCAACGUUUUACACCCUUCGCUUCCUUCAGUACGACGGGGUCGAACGCCCUUUAGCCUGCUGGGCUGUGAUAGGUACCACAACAUGCAUAACGCGCUCUAUACAACUUUGGGUGACCUCGAACAUUGACGACUGGCACCGCGACUCGGUCUCGACUCAGUACUCUGCACAUACCGUCGCCUCGAUUGCGCUCUGGCGAAAAAAUCCGAGGGACCGAGACGGAGUGUGCAAGAGUGCAAGCGCCCAACGGCCGUCACAUCAAGAACAAUAG